AUGGCCGAGACGACCAGCGAGCCUGAAGCACCAUCACCGUCAUCGACGGCGAUACUCCCCAGGUCUUCUACAUCGCUCGAAACAUACUCAAAUCCAAAGUCCCCGAGUUCUUGGCCACCCUCAACCCCACGAAAUCAGACGAAACACUUGUCACCAAGACCUCCAAUGUCGCGAUUCAAACCUUUCACUUAUUCGUGA